AUGAGGACCUCCCUCUUCUACACCCUUCUGGCUCUCACCGGCGUCGCGUCGGCACAGACGGCCACCUGCAACGGUGACGUCUGCUACAAUGCCAUCAACAAAGCCGGCAAGAGCUUGGAUGCCAGUGCCUUUUGCAGCAGCAUCCUGAGCAAGACGACAGUGGUGUCGGGCGUCUCCACUGUCUAUGAAACUGCCACUACGACCACGACGCUGGCUGACGCGCUGAGCACUGCCGAGGUCACGGCCACCGAGACGUCGUACACCACCGACAUCACCGAUGAGCACGAAAGCACCAGGGUCUAUGUCACCGGCACCUCCACGGAGCAUGUCUCCUCCACAAUCUACACGACCGUGACCGAGUCCAGGUCCGCCUCGACCAUCCUGCUCACCACGGAGAGGGAGAACACGGUGACUACCGAGACGAGCACCAAGACAGAGACUUUGAGCAAAACCGCGGAUGUCACCGCCACCGUAUACGUCACCUGGAUCCCGACCUUGACCUCCACCGUCGAGGCCACCGCCACCGAGCACGUCGCGACGAGCACCACCAUGGCGACGUACCUGCGGCGUCGCACGGCUCCCUCGCCGUCCUAUGUCGACAACAUCAACAGCAAAUGCGCUCCCUUGACCAGAAACGGCGCGGUCGUGGCGCCGUCUGUCCGCAUUUCCAGCGCCUGCGCCUGCCUCGUCUCGGUCCCGGUCUCCACCAGCACCAGCUACACCUCGACCAUGACGGUCACCCCGACCACCAGCACCAAGACGGUGGGCCCGACCUCGACGACCACGACCACCGUCACCGUCAGCACGGCCUCGAUCGUCAGCGUCAUCUCGUCGGUCCGGACCCUGACGUCCACCGACUUCCACUCGUCGACCUACAUCCACUCGACGACCGACUACACCACCCUCCUGGCCACCCACUUCGCCACCAGCACCGAGACCCACUACCAGACCGAGACCGUCACCGAGACCAGCACGGCCAGGGCGACGUCGACCGACUACUCCACCACGGUCGUCGAGACCCGCACCGUCGACACCAGCUUCGUCACCCUGCCCCCUACCGCCACGGCCCACGAGCUCACCACCACCACCGUCACCACCACCACCGUGACCGCGACCGCCUCGCCCGCCGUGCUGAGGGUCUACUGCGGCAAGCGGGCCAAGGGAAGCCCGUCGCCCGCCCUGGCCGACAAGAUCGUCCGCAGCGACGACGGCGUCCACACCGCCUUUGAGUGCCACGCGCGCUGCAGCUUCGACUCGGCCUGCGCGGGCGCCUCGCACGACGCCGCCGGCAAGAAGUGCGUCUUGUACAGCGUCGCCCUGACGAGCGACAACUUUGAGUACGAGGGCGGCCAGACCCACUGGGGCUGGAGCGAGAUCUGCCGCCGGAACGGCAACGGCAGCGUCGAGGACGAGUGUUUUCGCUAA